GUUCAUUCGCCGUUCGCAGAAGUUGGUAGUCAGGAGCCACAAUGGCGUUUGUAGUCUGUUUCAGAUAGGGUUGUGGAUGAUAUAAAAUCCACUAACAUCGCCCUAAAUACAGGCCUGGUUGAUUUCCAGAGCCAUUAAUAAUAAACUGGAACAUUUACUACACACGAAAAUACUAUGAUUUCUUAUCAACAUUGAGUUUAUAGAGGAUAAAACUUACAUUAAAAGGAACAUGUAAACAGCAUCUACCGGGUCAAGUUUUCAUUUUGCUGGCGAAGCGAGCGUCUUUAAUUCAAGACAUUUGCUUGUUUCGAACAGCUAAGAACGUUAUUUUGUGGAAUAAAAAUACUUUUACUUAACUUGGCUCCGGACACGGACAGCUUUCACAAAAGGACUUUUUUCUUUUUUAUCAGUCUGCUCGCUAGCUACCGAGCAUUAGCUAGCGGUGCUAGCUACGUUGAGGCGGAGAAGACACCACAAUGCUCCAAUGUCUGGUUUGGACCUUUUUAUCCAUUGACCAACUCGGAGCUUAAACGCCGCAGCUCAAGACAACCACUUUGGCAUUUUAAACUCUUUUUUUGGACUAAGUCAGCCGGUGAUCUGAUGGAAUGAGUCGACGCUAAGGAGGACAGGACGUGAGCGGCCUAGAGUGUUUAUUUGUGUUUAUUCUUGUGUUGUUUCUGAUCGGUAACACUUGUUUUUGGGACUUGGAGUAGCUUCCUUUUUUCCUGUUAAUGAUCUGCACGGAUCACGGAGACCGAGCCACAGUACAGGCACCGACGCCGGCGCGAGGUAUGCCUGGGUCGGACCGACACCAUGGGACCAAGAGGAAGACUGAUUCUACCAGCGGUGUGUCACACCAGGCCCAAGGCCUGGCUCGUACCUCUGAGGGAGCCAUGCCAGGCACAGACGGUAAAGCGUUGUUAAAAUCUACUAUGUCCUCUAACAAGCGUAAGCGGCAUAAAUCUAACAAAGUUAAUCGGGACUCAUUGGCGGAACCAGGAUCCGAUGAUUUUGCCCUCCGUGAUAGGGCGCCGUCUGGCGUUAACACGGUGAAGCCUCUGGUGGAGUACGACGACAUUAGCUCGGACUCGGACACUUUUUCGGAACCUUCGUCCAACAAGCCUUCUGACAAGGCGGGCGGGGAGCGGUUCGACCCCUCACCGGACUACAAGGGUGACUUUAACCAAGAACCUGACACCAGGGAGAACCGGGGGCGCAGACAGUCCCGGAAAAAAAACAAGGAUCUGAAUAAAGUUCGAGAAUCUGGGAAUGGCCAACACGAGUUAAAGAAGAAGAGCAGCAAAGAGCGCGAGAAGAGCAGCACUGCGAAGAGCAAGGAGAAGUACGCUUCGUCAGGCUCGUCUUCCUCCAAACGCCAGCUCCAACCAGAAAGUGACACCAAGCGAGGGGAGUUGAUGCUCUCUAAUGCACAGACUGCCGCAAGUGUAGGAAGCACCACUUCCUCCACGUCUUCAUCCCGCAGCAAGGAGAGCGGUCGCUCAGGGAAGUCCCAGAAAGACCGGCAGCAGAGACGAGAAGGCAGAGGGGAGGAAGGCCGCAGCUCCUCACACCGGAGCCGGACUGACCGGACCCACCGCAAGUCCUCCAAGAGCCACAAGUCAAGCCCAAAGGGCAAGUCCUCAAGUAGGGGGAGCCCUCGCAGAAAGGGCACCAGCUCUGCUCUGUCACCCAGCGAGAGUCCACUGAGCUAUGGGCAACAAGGGGACGACAGCUUCUCCAGGCGGAGGAUGGCCCAGCAGAGCCCCAGCCCCUACAGGGACACCUACCACCGCGGCAGGCAAAGAUCAGACAGCCCCUACGGCACCAGGCACCGGUCCUCCAGCGUAGAGAGGGACAGCAGUCCCUAUUCAAGGAGAAGGUCCAACAGCCCUUAUGCUACCCGCAGGUCCUCCAGCACCAGCCCGGUGUCUCGACGCUCUGGCCGCUCCAGGAGUCGCUCUCCACCGCACUACGCCUCUCGGCGCUCCUCCUCUCGUUCCCGCAGCAAGAGGCACGCCACCUCUGGUGGAGCGGGAGGCAGCACCCACAGCAGUCGUGCGGCUAGCCGCUCACCUCCCUCCCGCCUACCCCUCAACUCCAGUCUGGGUGCCGAGCUCAGCCGCAGAAAAAAGGAACGUCUGGCUGCCGAAGCAGCGGCGGCGGCUCGUGCCGGCGCCAGUGGCACCGCUUCUCCCCUCCCAACAACAAACAAAGCUACAGCUUCUGCUCCACCGCGGCCCGCUAAAGCCGAACCCCCCCAGAUAGAAAAAGACUCACCAGCUAAUGUAGAAACUCAGCCUCCAUCAGCUCCACAGUUACCCUCUGAUGGUCCCAAUGCUGAAAAUGAAAUAACUCAACCUUUACCUUCCUCCUUCCCCACCUCGCCUGCACCACCUCCUCCUGAGCCCUCCCCACCAGUUCCACCAUGUCCAGCUAGCCAGGCGCCCCCACCUCCUCCCCAAACAGAAGCAGCCAUUCAGCCUCCUUCAAAUGCCACGUCCCGGCCUAAAUCGCCACCUUCGGUUCCCGUACGCAGUCCUGUUCGCCAGACCCCGCUCCACAAGACCUCCACUCUGCCCCCCCUGCCUUUACCACCUUUACUGCUGGGAGUCACCCAGGACAGUCCAAAGAAGUCCACCCCUCCUCAGAGGACGUCGAGGAAAGAGAAAGAGGUUCGCAACCGACCUUCCGUCAUCGACCUCCCUCUACCGCCCACUUUGCUUGGUGUUGACUCUUCGCCUCCACAGUCGCCCGUCCGGCAGCUGCCCCCGUUGCCCCAAACAGUUCUUAAGAAGAGACCAAAGAUUUGUUGCCCACGAUACGGUGAGCGCAAACAUGACCUGAGUGACUGGGGCAAACGCUGUGUAGAUAAGUUUGACAUAAUUGGCAUCAUAGGAGAAGGCACCUAUGGCCAGGUGUACAAGGCCAAGGACAAAGACACAGGUGAACUUGUUGCUUUGAAGAAAGUGCGAUUAGACAAUGAGAAGGAGGGUUUCCCCAUCACAGCCAUCAGAGAGAUCAAGAUCCUACGGCAGCUGAAACACCGCAGCGUCGUCAACAUGAAGGAAAUCGUCACGGACAAGCAGGAUGCUCUCGACUUCAAAAAGGAUAAAGGUGCUUUUUAUUUAGUUUUUGAGUACAUGGACCAUGACCUGAUGGGCCUUCUGGAGUCGGGCCUGGUCCAGUUCUCCCAUGAGCACAUCCGCAGCUUCAUGCGUCAGCUGAUGGAGGGCUUGGACUACUGCCAUAAGAACAACUUCCUGCACAGGGACAUCAAAUGCUCCAACAUCCUUCUGAACAACAGAGGUCAGAUCAAACUUGCUGACUUUGGUUUGGCUCGCCUUUAUAAUUCUGAUGAAAGUCGACCGUACACCAACAAGGUGAUCACACUGUGGUACCGGCCCCCUGAACUCCUGCUGGGUGAGGAGAGAUAUUCUCCAGCCAUCGAUGUUUGGAGCUGUGGGUGUAUUCUUGGAGAGCUCUUCACUAAGAAACCCAUUUUCCAGGCUAACCAGGAGCUUCUGCAGCUGGAGCUCAUCAGCCGUCUGUGUGGAAGUCCCUGUCCCGCGGCCUGGCCCGAUGUCAUCAAACUUCCCCUCUUCAACACGAUGAAACCCAAGAAGCAGUACAGGCGGCGGCUACGAGAGGAGUUUGCCUUUUUGCCUUCUCCAGCCCUGGACUUGCUGGACAGAAUGCUGACCCUUGACCCUUCACGCCGCUGCACAUCAGAGCAAGCUCUUUUCAGUGACUUUCUGAGUGAUGUAGACCCCAACAGGAUGCCUCCACCCGACCUUCCUCAUCAUCAGGACUGUCACGAACUGUGGAUUAAAAAGAAAAGACGUGCACGUCAGAGUGGGGUGCCCGAGGAUGUGCCUGUGCCCAAAGUGCCCCGUAAAGACACGGCUGGGACCUCAAGUGGAGAGAACAGCCGACCCAAGAGCAGCCCGACCGCACCCCCGCCCCCUCCUUCAGGGAAACCCCCCUCAACGGCCAAAUUGGAGAGCGAGUUGUCAGGUCUUGGAGCAGCUGCGGAGCAGCUGAACCAGACCGAGCUGGCUGUCCUGCUGAACCUGCUCCAGGGGCAGACUGAGCUCACUCCCACCCAGGUGGCCGAGCUCCUGAACCUGCCCAACCAAGAGACUCUCAGCCAGUUGCUGUCUGCCCUUAAUGAGACCUCUGACCACCAGGGAGCACCAGAGGACCAGACCCAGCCUCCCGCGCCUCCUGCUGCUGCUUCCCAGCCCCCAGAGCCCCCUCCUGAACCCCGGGAGCCCUCACCCACACCUGGAGACCCUCCUCUCAGUCAGGAAGAUCAGGCCAGCCUGCUGGCUCUCAUUUUGGGCCAAAUCAUUAAACCCCAACCCGAGGAGCAAAACGACGAGAGCAAUGGCAUUCAGUCAGAGGAGGCGCUGACACGCGAUGGUGCCGUGCCCAAAAGGAAGCAGCUCGUGUCCACCCAUCCGUGUGGGGAUCAGCGUCCCCCAUCUCCGCCCGGGUCUCCUUCUUCAGCUUCUCUUGUCGGGAGCUCCCAACCAGCCGAGUCAGAACCUCGGCCGGGCCAGGACAUCAGUCCUGCCGUGGCUGCUGCUUUGCUCCAGCUCAUCUCUCAGCAGGACCUGGAAGCUGCGGCCUCCGAGCAAAGCAAGGACACCUCCCCAGAUGAAGAUGCUUCUGGUCAAGGAGAACCUCCUCCCUGCUGGCCUUCAGACUCUGCUAAACCUCCGGCUGCAGCCGAGACUCCAAAGGGACUGGUGACUGCUGCUUCUGCCUCGUCGGCCAAGUUCCCAAAAGACCAGGACCUUCGUUUUUCCCAUGGAGCUGCUCGCUGAAGCUCCGUAUGCUGGUGAGUUCAACUGUCGUGGGACAGCUCCAGCAGCCCAGGCCUGAAGGGAAAGGCAGAUGGAGGACGCAGAGGGACACCUACAGAACUGGCUGGACCAAGAGCAGGUAGUGAAAGUCAGAUCAAAGAUUCCGAAAGUGAAUGUUUAAAUGAGAUGUUUGAAUCUCUCCUAAUGAAGCCAGCUGUUCUGUUGCAUUGUGGGAAUGUUUUCAGAUGGGCACAUCUGUCAGAGACGCUCACCUCCUUCAAAUCUUUGCUCUCUCCUGGACUCUGAAGGGUCUGGACAUGAAUGAAUUGCAGCUUUAGAUCUGAGGGCUAUGCAACUGAUCAGUUCCGAAACGAUCCCCCAUUAAAUGAAAGAUGGUCUCGUUUACCGUGAGAUUACGAAAAGUUUUCGGUUCGUUUUUGAAGCCAGCCCUGAUUUUCAGCCUUGACGCCACCGAAUGGCCUCGGGUUCAGACCUGAGCUCUGCAGGUGGGGUGAUUCUCUAACGGUGAGAGCAGCAAAGCCUUUGUGUUGUGACGAGCCUGUAGUUCUUAUGUUUCUGUCUCAAAUGGAUUAAACCCACGCUGAUGGACCACUCUGUAACACACCUGCUCUUCUAACUGAAGUAGGAAUCUAGAAAAAUACACUCAGACGUUUGUUUUAAAUUGCUCUACAUGCUUUGCAGAAAAAUUCUUUUCCUUCGGUAUUUUCUUUCAUUAUUUUCUAUAUAAAUAAAAUGUGACCAGGCUUUAAAAAUAACGGCCAGUUUUUCUGUUUCUCUCUUUUUUUUUUUUGAUGUGGAAAAAGAGGAAAAAUAUGUAUAAAAAAUAUCAGAAACCUUUAUAAUAUGUGUUUACUUGGCUUGGUUCAUUAAAGGAAGUCAUGUGACCAGCUGAA